AUGCCUCCGCGACGAAGCUUACGCGGCAAGGGAAAGGAGAAGGUUAGCGAUGAUGAGAAAACACCUGACCCCCCCUACGUCGCAUGGAUGAAAGAGCAGCAAAAGCAGGGGAAGCCGUCCCCAUCUAUCAAGCGUAUGGCUAAGGCCGUACGCGAAACUGCGGGCGCCAGCAGUAGCCGAAGUUCUCGGCAUGACUAUCCCGACACAUGCGCCGGUACUGACGUCUCUGAUGACGAUCUCGAGGAGAUCGUCUCGGAGUCGGAUAGCGAUGCCGACUCAGCCGAUUACAAACGCGGCAGUGAAGAGGACGAGGAAGAUACUGAUGGAGGCGACGACGGAAGCGGUGAUGAGCGCAGCACACGACCGUUGAAGAAGGAGCAUCGGGCUCCUGCGUCCCGCAACAAGCGCGUGUGGUCGGACGCCGAGUUGACGUCCCUAGCGGCCGCUCGUUGGAACACUAAAGACGACCUCAAGGCUAUGCAGGGCAAGCAGGGGAGCCAGUACUGGAGGAAGCUCCGCGCCCACAUGCUUGAGAAGGACAAAAAUUGGGACCGCGAUGAGGGACAGAUGUUCAACGCCUGGAAACGCCUCGAGAAGAAGUACCUGAAAACGAAGCGGGGGGAGGGACAGAGCGGAGGGAAAGCGAUAAAGAAAAAACCGUGGUGGGAAUACAUCUACCACCUUAAAAAGCACUCGGCGAAGGCCAAGGCGCACGCCCUCGACGGUGGAGGCGCGGCGAACGUCAACGUCCAAGCGUACGCCCCGGUGCCCGGCUGCACCGACCGGGAAACUUCCGCGCCUCCAUCGGAGGGCCGUGGGCGCUCUAAUCGCCGUCAGGCGACCACACCAGCCGUUAGGGAGCCCGGCCCAGAUAAAGCCGCGCGGAUUGUGCGUUUUCAUGCGCGGCGUGCUAACGACCUGCAACAUGUUGUGCAGGAUGAUGAUGCAGGCCGUCCCAGCGCAUACACGCCAGAGCUUGCUCUCGUUCCUGCGCGCGAAGAGCCGCCAGCGUCCCUUCAACGCGCCGAUGGUGCGCUCGACGACCAUGCGGGUAGCAGACUGCACGUAGUUCAGCCCCAUCUCCACUUUUCAAAUCCCUUCCCUUCUCCCUCUCUUCCCUUUCGAUCUCCCCUUCCCGCCUCCCCAUUUCCCCUUCCCGCCUCCCCAUUUCCCCUUCCCGCUCCCCAUUACCCCUUCCCGCCUCCCCGUUUCCCCUUCUCGCCUCCCGAAUUCGCGUUUCCGCCUCCCCGUUUUCCCUUCCUGCUCCCCAUUACCCCUUCCUGCCUCCCCGUUUCCCAUUCCCGCCUCCCCAAUUUCCCCUUCCCGCUCCCCAUUACCCCUUCCCGCUCCCCAUUACCCCUUCCCGCCUCCCCGUUUCCCCUUCCCGCCUCCCCAAUUUCCCCUUCCCGCUCCCCUUUACCCCUUCCCGCCUCCCCAUUUCCCCUUCCCGCUCCCCAUUUCCCCUUCCUGCCUCCCCAUUUCCCCUCCCCGCCUCCCCAUUUCCCCUUCCCGCCUCCCCAUUCCCCCUUCUCGCCUCCCCUUUACCCCUUCCCGCCACCCCAUUUCCCCUUCCCGCUCCCCAUUACCCCUUCCCGCCUCCCCAUUUCCCCUUCCCGCCUCCCCAUUUCCCCUUCCCGCCUCCCCAUUUCCCCUUCUCGCCUCCCCAAUUCCCGUUCCCGCCUCUCCUUUUCCUCCGCUCCCCAUUACCCCUUCCCGCCUCCCCGUUUCCCCUUCUCGCCUCCCCAAUUCGCGUUUCCGCCUCCCCGUUUUCCCUUCCCACUCCCCAUUACCCCUUCCUGCCUCCCCGUUUCCCAUUCCCACCUCCCCAAUUUCCCCUUCCCGCUCCCCAUUACCCCUUCCCGCUCCCCAUUACCCCUUCCCGCCUCCCCGUUUCCCCUUCCCGCCUCCCCAAUUUCCCCUUCCCGCUCCCCUUUACCCCUUCCUGCCUCCCCAUUCCCCCUUCUCGCCUCCCCUUUACCCCUUCCCGCCACCCCAUUUCCCCUUCCCGCCUCCCCUUUACCCCUUCCCGCCUCCCCAUUUCCCCUUCCCGCCUCCCCAUUUCCCCAUUUCCUUCCAGCCCUCACAUUUUAUUCCAGCCCCUUCCAUCCCUUUCCAGCCCCUCCCAUCGCAUCCCCAUGUCGUGCCACCCUGUCUCUCCCUUCCCUCUCCAGGCCACCCUGUCUCUUUCCAGCCCUCUCCAGGCCACCCUGUCUCUUUCCAGCCCUCUCCAUGCCACCCUGUCUCUUUCCAGCCCUCUCCAUGCCACCUUGUCUCUUUCCAGCCCUCUCCAUGCCACCCUGUCUCUUUACAGCCCUCUCCAUGCCACCCUGUCUCUUUCCAGCCCUCUCCAUGCCACCCUGUCUCUUUCCAGCCCUCUCCAUGCCACCCUGUCUCUUUCCAGCCCUCUCCAUGCCACCCUGUCUCUUUCCAGCCCUCUCCAUGCCACCCUGUCUCUUUCCAGCCCUCUCAAUGCCACCCUGUCUCUUUCCAGCCCUCUCCAUGCCACCCUGUCUCUUUACAGCCCUCUCCAUGCAACCCUGUCUCUUUCCAGCCCUCUACAUGCCACCCUGUCUCUUUCCAGCCCUCUCCAUGCCACCCUGUCUCUUUCCAGCCCUCUCCAUGCCACCCUGUCUCUUUCCAGCCCUCUCCAUGCCACCCUGUCUCUUUCCAGCCCUCUCCAUGCCACCCUGUCUCUUUCCAGCCCUCUCCAUGCCACCCUGUCUCUUUCCAGCCCUCUCCAUGCCACCCUGUCUCUUUCCGGCCCUCUCCAUGCCACCCUGUCUCUUUCCAGCCCUCUCCAUGCCACCCUGUCUCUUUCCAGCCCUCUCCAUGCCACCCUGUCUCUUUCCAGCCCUCUCAAUGCCACCCUGUCUCUUUCCAGCCCUCUCCAUGCCACCCUGUCUCUUUACAGCCCUCUCCAUGCCACCCUGUCUCUUUCCAGCCCUCUCCAUGCCACCCUGUCUCUUUCCAGCCCUCUCCAUGCCACCCUGUCUCUUUCCAGCCCUCUCCAUGCCACCUUGUCUCUUUCCAGCCCUCUCAAUACCACCCUGUCUCUUUCUAGCCCUCUCCAUGCCACCCUGUCUCUUUACAGCCCUCUCCAUGCCACCCUGUCUCUUUCCAGCCCUCUCCAUGCCACCCUGUCUCUUUCCAGCCCUCUCCAUGCCACCCUGUCUCUUUCCAGCCCUCUCCAUGCCACCCUGUCUCUUUCCAGCCCUCUCCAUGCCACCUUGUCUCUUUCCAGCCCUCUCAAUGCCACCCUGUCUCUUUCCAGCCCUCUCCAUGCCACCCUGUCUCUUUACAGCCCUCUCCAUGCCACCCUGUCUCUUUCCAGCCCUCUCCAUGCCACCCUGUCUCUUUCCAGCCCUCUCCAUGCCACCCUGUCUCUUUCCAGCCCUCUCCAUGCCACCCUGUCUCUUUCCAGCCCUCUCCAUGCCGCCCUGUCUCUUUCCAGCCCUCUCCAUGCCACCUUCCCUCUCCAGGCCACCCUGUCUCUUUCCAGCCCUCUCCAUGCCACCCUGUCUCUUUCCAGCCCUCUCCAUGCCACCUUGUCUCUUUCCAGCCCUCUCCAUGCCACCCUGUCUCUUUACAGCCCUCUCCAUGCCACCCUGUCUCUUUCCAGCCCUCUCCAUGCCACCCUGUCUCUUUCCAGCCCUCUCCAUGCCACCCUGUCUCUUUCCAGCCCUCUCCAUGCCACCCUGUCUCUUUCCAGCCCUCUCCAUGCCACCCUGUCUCUUUCCAGCCCUCUCAAUGCCACCCUGUCUCUUUCCAGCCCUCUCCAUGCCACCCUGUCUCUUUACAGCCCUCUCCAUGCAACCCUGUCUCUUUCCAGCCCUCUACAUGCCACCCUGUCUCUUUCCAGCCCUCUCCAUGCCACCCUGUCUCUUUCCAGCCCUCUCCAUGCCACCCUGUCUCUUUCCAGCCCUCUCCAUGCCACCCUGUCUCUUUCCAGCCCUCUCCAUGCCACCCUGUCUCUUUCCAGCCCUCUCCAUGCCACCCUGUCUCUUUCCAGCCCUCUCCAUGCCACCCUGUCUCUUUCCGGCCCUCUCCAUGCCACCCUGUCUCUUUCCAGCCCUCUCCAUGCCACCCUGUCUCUUUCCAGCCCUCUCCAUGCCACCCUGUCUCUUUCCAGCCCUCUCAAUGCCACCCUGUCUCUUUCCAGCCCUCUCCAUGCCACCCUGUCUCUUUACAGCCCUCUCCAUGCCACCCUGUCUCUUUCCAGCCCUCUCCAUGCCACCCUGUCUCUUUCCAGCCCUCUCAAUGCCACCCUGUCUCUUUCCAGCCCUCUCCAUGCCGCCCUGUCUCUUUCCAGCCCUCUCCAUGCCGCCCUGUCUCGUUCCAGCAUCCUGCCCUCACGAUGAGAGUCCAACCUAG